UACAGUAUUUAAUUUUCGUAUAAGAUGUUCACAAUCUGGAUUGGUUUCUUCAGGUUAGUCAUAAAAAUUAAUUCAUUUGUUAUGUAUGAAUUUGGCAUUGUUUCAAAAUACGAGCAUAUUAGCGCUGGAAAAGUUCAUUUUAACAGCUGCAUAAUAAAUUUAUUUUGUAUGAUAAUUCAAUUUAUAAAUGUUCAGAUUAUAAUUUUGAUAUGCACAAAUCAAAAGCGGUAUAAAGUUUUAAUACCUCCUGAUCCAUUUAAUUUGGAUGAGUUUGGUGUGUAGAACUAUCAUGGAUGAUAAAAUUUAAUAUGAACAUAAAUGAGAAGUUAUUGUUGAGAAAUUAAACCCAUACAAUAUAUUGAGUAACAAUGCUAUAUUAAUUAGGUCCAACAGCCGACGCAGGAUUUUUAUAU